AUGAAAAACAACCCUGACUUAGAGAAAGACUAUAUAUUUAAUAAUUUAGUCAAAAGAGACAAACAAGAAAGAAUGCCGGGCUUCAAACUUCAGAAAGGUGACAAAGUAAAAAUAGAAAUACCUGAACGCGACCCAUAUGAAAAUACUAUUGACUAUGACAACAAUGGGAACUCAACAGGUACUCACAUUUGUGUUCGUAAAAAUAGAAGAAAGUAUACAAGAGAAUAUUAUGAAGUUUUAGGCAAACAUGGCAAAAUGUACAGACUGCAAGCAGAAGAUAAAACUACUAUUGUCAGACCUCGUUUCAAACUUGUCAAAGUUCAAGGUGGUAUACUAGAGAUGUGA